AUGGCAACAAUCUCGCCGCCGCCGCUCCGUGCGUGGUGCGACCUGCUGCCGGAGCUGCUAGGCCAGGUCCUCGUGCGCCUCCCGUUCCCCGACGACCGCGCGCGGUUCCGCGCCGUCUGCCGCGGGUGGCACACCGCCGCCGCGCUGCACGUGCGCCAGCUCCCGUGGCUGGUCCUGAGGGACGGCUCCUUCUGCACCGUCGGCGACGGGGCCUUCUUCCACCGGACGGCGAUGCCCGGCCUGCCAGACGGCGUGACCGUCGUCGGGUCCGCCGCCGACGGCUGGCUCCUCCUCGACCGCACAGACUGCAUGUACCGCCGCCGCAGCGAGGGCUUCUCGUUCGUGUGGUACAAGGGACGACCUAGACGCGACGUCAGGCACGCGCACUCGUACCUCCUGCUCAACCCCUUCUCCGGCGCGACGCUGCCGCUCCCGGAGCUGGACGCCGUCGUCGGGACCGUCUCCGAGGUGUUCGAGAUCUACAGGGUGGCGAUGCGGUCGUCGACGCCUGACGACCUCAUCGCCGUCGUGACCAGCAGCAUGGAUUGCAAUGUCGUCUUGUGCCGUCCCGGGAAGGGUACGUAUGUAAUGCGCUACUUUCGUGUCUUCGACGUCGCGUUCGUUGGGGAGUGGCUCUAUGGGAUCACCAGUGAUGAAGAACUUCUCGCCUUCCACCUCUCCGAGGACGACGAUGGCAAGCCUGUCGUUACCAAAGAGAAGCGCGUGCCAUACAGGGGUGACACUACUACCAUCCGGAUGUUAGUGAAGUCGUGGGACGGCGAGUUGCUCAUGGUGAGGCGUCAGGUUUUUUCACCUAUACGUUCCGAACCUUACACUAUGAGUGUCAAGGUCGUUAAAGCAGAUGUCAACAUGGGUGAGUGGAUUUCAGUCGCUCAAGAUGGGCUCGCCAAAGAUGAGGCCAUCUUCCUUAGCCGAGGCUUUUGCAAAUCUACUAUAGUGUUUGGAGAUAUACAAGCAGGUUUCAUAUAUUUUGAUGAUGCCAAUGAUGUGUUCGACACUAGAUUAUGGACUUGUAGGCCAUUUAGAUUGCCAUGGUCGAGAAGUUUGUUCACAUGGCUGACAUGGAUUUUCCCACCAAAAUUGGUGGUGUAG